ACAGAGGGAGUGAACCAGGAAUAUUGCGUGAGGUAUGAACGCACGCACCCGACGCACCUGGGAAAACUAACUACAAGGAGCAACCCAGGGCAGGGACCUGAAGGAAGGACGCGCGCGUGCAGUGGAAGUCCCAGCUGUGGACAAGAGACAGGACAUGUUCACCACGGAGCGCAGGAGAAUGAGCAGGCGGAUGAGCCUGCACGAGCUGAGGAGGAGAGACCCAGUGCGGGUGUCCGCGGGAAGUUUCUGGCAGGACUCGGUCGCGAUGGAACUGAGCGCCAACGGCUCCGCCAAACACAGCGUGUCCCCGCGGAGUCGCACCAGAGACGUGUCCGUGGCUUACAUCGUGAACGAGGACGCGUCGGUGCCGCACACGGAGGAGAACUUGUCCCUCAAGUGCGUCAGGGAAGCCUGCGCGGACGCGCACGCCCUCUUCAAAACCAUGGCGUUUGAGAGGAUCUCUCUGGGAACCACUGACAUCCUGGAUAGUUUCUACAACGCAGACGUAGCAGUGGUGGAGAUGAGUGACACUUUCUGCCAACAGUCACUCUUCUAUCACCUGGGAGUGAGAGAAAGUUUCAGUAUGACCAACAACAUCAUUCUCUACUGUUACAAGCAAGACACUGAUCUGCAGGCCAUCAAGGAGCAGUGUGGCAGUUACACGUUCAUCCCUUACGUAGUGUCCCCUCAGGGUAAAGUGUUUGCCUGUGACGCUGCUAUAAUGACUGGUAUCAACGAGCUGAUGCAGCCGAGCUUUCAGCUGGAGCCUCUGCUGACGCCGCUGGUGGAACGACUGGUGCAUCUGCUCAACAACAUACACAUCCAGUCCAGCGAGUACUUCCGGGAGUCGAUCCGCCACGAGAUCCGCAUGGCAAGGGAGCGGUUUAGUGGCCAAGCCCUGAGCGAAGAGUUGAGCCGCAUACAGAAACGCCUGGACAGUGUCGAGCUGCUCACUCCUGAUAUAGUCAUGAAUUUGCUGUUGUCCUACCGGGACAUUCAGGACUAUGAUUCCAUUAUCAAACUGGUGGAAACUCUGAAGCAUCUGCCCUUGUGUCUGGUAGCAAAACAUCAGAAUAUCCAGUUUCAUUACAUCUUUGCUCUCAACAGGAGGAAUCACCCUGGUGAUCGUGCUAAGGCUCUGAAGGCAAUUCUGCCCAUUGUGGAGUCGGAGAACAAGGUGGCAUCAGAUGUCUACUGCCUGUGUGGACGCAUCUACAAGGACAUGUUCAUGAGCUCGGGCUUCACGGAUCACAACAGCAGAGACCAGGCUUGCUAUUGGUAUGGAAGAGCUUUUGAGACGGAGCCAACUCUUCACUCGGGCAUCAAUAACGUGGUUCUCCUCAUGGCAGCCGGUCAUGAAUUUGAUACUUCUAUUGAACUGCGCAAAUUAGGUGUGACUUUAAGCACCCUGCUCGGUAGGAAGGGCAGCCUGGAGAAGAUGAGGGACUACUGGGAUGUCGGCUUCUACCUCGGCGCCAACAUUUUAGUUAACGAACACAGGAAAGUCAUCGAGGCCUCCGAGAAACUCUACAAGCUCAAGGCUCCUGUCUGGUAUGUGGCGUCCAUUAUGGAGACGUUUAUAUUGUACCGUCAGUUUGCCAAGCCGUCCGAGGUGCGUGCUCCCAAACAGGACACCGUGGACUUUUGGAUGGAGCUGCUGUUGCAGACCUGUAAACCCACCGUCUCCACAGACCGCUGCCCAGUGCUCGUCCUUGAGCCCAGUAAAGUCCUUCAGCCAGCCAUUGUGUGUGUGAGCGAGGAGGAUGAAAGUCGCACUGUCCAGUUGAAACACGUCACGACUUUAAAGAAAGGCUUGCAUCAGUGGACUUUCCCAGCGUCUGCAAUCCGUGGAGUGAGUGCUUCAAAGAUUGACGAGCGGAGCUGCUUCCUGUAUGUCCACUACAACUCGGAUGACUUCCAGCUCUGCUUCCCCUCCGAGCUUCACUGUAAAGGUUUCUGCGAGCUGGUGAACUCUCUGCUGCAGCAGGCUGAACACUCGGCGCAGGACUUGGACCGUCAGACUGAGGGAAUACUCGAGUACGUCUAUGAGACCAAUGAGAACCGGGACAAGGUGGUUCUGGGUAAAGGGACGUACGGCGUGGUCUACGCCGGGAGGGACCUGAGCAACCAAGUACGCAUCGCCAUCAAGGAGAUCCCCGAGAAAGACCGCACUUACUCUCAGCCCCUUCACGAGGAAAUAGCUCUGCACAAGAGGCUGAAACACAGGAACAUCGUCCAGUACCUGGGUUCUGUCAGUCAGGAUGGUUUCAUCAAGAUUUUCAUGGAGGAAGUACCAGGAGGCAGUCUGUCGUCUCUGCUGCGCUCCAAAUGGGGUCCUCUGAAGGACAAUGAAGCCACAAUAAUCUUCUACACCAAACAGAUCCUCGAGGGCCUCAAAUACCUUCAUGACAAUCAGAUCGUCCACAGAGACAUUAAGGGUGACAAUGUACUGAUCAACACAUACAGUGGAGUACUGAAGAUCUCCGACUUUGGAACGUCCAAACGUUUGGCAGGGAUCAACCCCUGCACUGAGACAUUUACUGGAACUCUCCAGUACAUGGCCCCAGAAAUUAUAGACCAAGGUCCUCGGGGUUAUGGGAAGCCAGCUGAUAUCUGGUCUCUUGGGUGCACUAUUAUCGAAAUGGCAACGGGCAAAACACCCUUCCACGAGCUUGGAAGUCCUCAGGCAGCCAUGUUCAAGGUGGGCAUGUUCAAGAUCCAUCCCAAGGUUCCAGAGUGCAUGUCAGACGAGGCCAAGGGCUUCAUCAUGAACUGUUUCGUGCCAAACCCAGACGACAGAGCCACAGCUGCAGAGCUGCUGAAGGACGCCUUCCUCAGGUCGUCACCCAGGAAGAAGGUCAAACCUCAGCAGGAAUCAGAACCUAAAGACAUCCUUCCUACUGACUAUCAGCGCAGCCUGUCUGUACCCAUCUCCAUCCUCGUGGAGGACACUGAUUCAUACUCUGGUUCCAUCGACCUGUCCUGUUCCCUGGACCUCAGGAGGCAACAGGCUGACCUCAGAGCAUGUGAAGUCUCCGAGAGUCCGCCCAGCACCAACAGCUUCCUGCCACUACCUGGAGACUCCCCAGUGGACAUGUGCAGUCCAGCUGCAACAGAGGAGAACAUUGGUCUCUUUAUGCUGAGAAAGGACAGCGAGAGGCGAGCCACGCUGCACCGAGUUCUCACCGACUACAUCGGUUAUGUCAUCUCUAACAUACAGGAGUCUGUGCCUCAGUAUGGCAAAGAAUCCUCACUCACUGCAGACCACAUCAGCCAGCUCAUUGGCUGCUUACGAGACAACAUCCACUCCCCGGACAGGAAACAGCUGACCAACGGCCUUCUGGACCUGCGGGCGUCGCUGCUGGCCACCGCAGUUCCUCUGAACAGCCUGCAGGCGGUGCUGUUCAGCUUUCAAGAUGCAGUGAAGAAGGUGUUGAAGCAGCAGCAGGUGAAACCUCACUGGAUGUUUGCCUUGGACAACCUGCUGAGACAGGCAGUGCAGGAUGCCAUCAGUGUGCUCCUACCAGAGCUGAAACUCCAGCUGCAGUCCUCCUUUGAGAUGGAGGACAGCUCCACCGAGGAGCAGUGUGCUGACCCAGACACUCCUGUAGCUCUGGUGCCUGACCAGCUGGGGGCAGCAGCAGACCUGCUGGAAGCAGCACCAAACGAGAUGUAUGAGGUCAUGCCUGCAGCUGACCCUCACUACCCCACUGACCUUGUCCUCAACAACAUCUGUCCACUCAGCGAGACGCUCAGAGAGCUGCGAGUGGAGACGAAAAGACUGCUGAGUCAGCUGAGUGAGAAGGAGAGGGAGUACCAGGAGCUGCUGAAGACGUCUGUGCAGAGGAAGCAGGAGCAGAUAGAUGCACUGAGGAAAACAGUCGUCACUGAAGAUGGAGGAAAGGCUUCGCGGAAAAUGUCUAAUCCAGAGGCGAAGACUUUGGUGCGUUGGCUCAAGUCUGUCCCUGUAGAUCAAGAUACCAUUGAUAAGUUGCUCUCCCAUGAGUUCACCCUGGACUGUCUCCUCCACAUGGCCUGCAGGGAUGAUUUGAUGUAUUGUGGUAUAAGAGGCGGCAUGCUGUGUCGACUGUGGGCAGCCAUCGUAGCCCUCAGAAAGACUCACCUCAGCACGCACAGUGAGGACAGCGAGGACACUCUUCUUUAACAGCUGCUGCUGAUGUUGUUGUUGUUGUUGUUUAUUAAUGGUCAGAUUUACAGUAUUGACAGGCUGGUCCUUUGUUAUGUGGAGGAAGAGAUGUGAACGGAACUAAUGUGGAUGUAAAAAGUAGGAAAGAUGUUGAAGCUUUUUUUUUUACCGUGAAUGUAUUUUUUGUAAAAAUAUUGAUAAUUUCUUACAGUUUUUGUGCAUGGAAGAUAAAAUACAAACAUCUUCCCUUAAAGCUGGAGAGAUUUUUGUCUUGGAUCACUCGAUUCACAUUAUACUGACUUUUUUUGUAUGAAAUAUUGCUGAAUAUCUUAAAAGCUAGGUAUUAUUAUUUUAAAUUUUCAGGGUUUUGUACAAAUGCGACUCUAAAUAAAAAGUGUUGUUUUGGUUUACAAAACUUAGCAGGACCUAAGUUGCUAUUUUUCAACUGAAUGUAUUUGUGUUAUUGAAAUAAUUAUUUGUGGUAUAAAUAACAUAACAAUAAUAAACAGGAGUGUUGAAUCUCUCA